AUGUCGACCUUCUCAAAUGAGUCGCUCUCAAAGCUGGCGUCGAUCUCUACCCAAAGACUGUCAAGCUUCUCGUGGUUUUGGUCGUACUAUCUUGUCCCCGCGAUUGUGGCUUAUCCUCUUCUCUGCUCAGCACUCCGCUUCCGCCGACUGAAGGCCCUCCAGGCCAAGCAUAAAUAUGGGACGCCUGAACAUCCGUCUUUUGAGGGAAUGACUGUCAAUGAAGCUCAUGAUAUCCUGAAGGCCGUGAGCGACCUCGAAUUCCCGACCUUAUUCGAGAAGGGGUUGCAGUUUGCUCUUUUCCGCACCUACGGCAUUCCCACCAUCAGCGAGCUACUAGUCAAGACCACCCAGCUCUCAACGGAGAAAAAUGUCCCCAAGCGAUACGCCGACACUGGGGUCCUACUGGGCGAUAUGUAUGGCGGCGAACCUGACAGCGACAGGUGCAUGGAGGCUUACGCUAGACUGAAUUACUUGCACGGUCACUACAUUAAGCAGGGCAAAAUUAGCAAUGACGAUAUGCUGUACACACUGUCGCUGUUCCUCAACCAGCCUGUGGAAUGGAUCAACAAGUACGAGUGGAGACAACUCAGUGACCUGGAGAUUUGCGCCAUGGGGGUAUUCCACAAAGCAAUGGGCGAUGGGAUGGAGAUCUCAUUUGAGAAGCUCCCUUCGUACUCGACGGGAUGGAAAGAUGGGCUGCACUUCUACCGGGAGCUGGAUACCUGGGCGAAGGAGUAUGAGAAGACUUGCAUGGUGCCUCACCAAAAAAACUACGACACCGCUGUGCAGACUCGACAGUUACUGCUGAGCAUGUACCCUCCGUUUAUGAAAGGUGUCCUCAGCAAGGUCGUGAGCGCUCCCUUGGACGACAGGCUCAGGGAGGCCAUCAUGUUCGACGAGGCCCCAGCAUCAUACCGAUCAUUCUUCAACGGUUUCAUGGAAUUGAGACGUGUCUAUCUGAGAUAUCUUGCUUUACCAAAACUCUCAUUCAUGGCCAAGAAGAUGAUGACCAAGGAGCCUGACGCGAACGGUAGAAGAUACUAUGUUACGUGGGACACUGCACCCGUUUAUGUCAAGCCGACUCUGUGGAAUCGGUGGGGACCCGGAGCCAUGAUUCACUCGCUGCUUGGAGUCCCUCGUCCAGGAGACCCAGGCACGUAUCCAGAAGGCUUCGAAAUCAAGACUACAGGCCCAUCUGUGUUCAUCGGUAAGGGGCAGAAGGAGAUGGAGAUGACCAGGGAAAGAUUGAAAACAGAGAGGACUGGUGGUUGUCCGUUUGCUGUCCGUCGAGCUUGA